UAUAAAUAGAGCUUGUUAUUAAAAUACCAACCAAAUACAAUUAUACACCACACGUGAUCCAUCUUCAAGCAACACAACAAAGGAGGCAAGAUGAGUUACUGGCUUGUCCUUGUAUGCAUCGUCUCUGCCCUUAUUCUCAUCGCGAGGAAGACGGGAAAGCGUGGGAACCGUCCUCCCGGACCGCCCGCCCUUCCCAUCAUAGGGAACUUGCAUCAAUUAGGACUGAAACCACAUCGUUCCCUCUUCGAAUUAUCGAAGAAAUACGGUCCAAUCAUGUAUCUAAAGCUCGGAAGUGUGCCUACCGUAGUGGUAUCGAGCCCCGAGACUGUCAAAGAAGUACUGAAAACGUACGAUGUCGAGUGUUGUACACGGCCUCAUCUUGCUUGCCCUGCGAAACUCACUUACAAUUACAGUGACCUGGCCUUUUCGCCUUACAAUGAAUACUGGAGAGAGUUGAGGAAGAUGAGCACUCUCGAACUCUACACGGCGAAAAGGGUCCAUUCAUUUCGGUACAUAAGAGGGGAAGAGGUUGCCUCAUUGAUAGACUUUGUCAAGGAAUCGGGUUUAUCGGGAACUCCGGUUAACUUUAACCGGAAGAUGAUGAGUUUGUCCGGGAGUGUGAUUUGCAGGAUCGGUUUCGGGAUGAAUCUUAGAGGGAGCAAACUCGGGGAAAAGUACGAAGAGGUGGUUCUCCAAGCCAUGAAAUUGCUAGGCGAUUUUCCAGCCACGGAUUUCUUCCCGUAUUUUGGUUGGAUCAUCGAUAGGAUCACGGGACUGCAAAGGAAUUGUGGGAAGAUCUUUCAAGAGCUCGAUGCGUUUUACGAACAAGCGAUCAAAUUGCAUUUAGAAAACGAGAGUAGAGAUGGCGAGGAAGAUAUCAUCGACUCGCUCCUCAAGAUGGAGAAGCAAGAGCUCGGCCUCGGCCAAUUCCAACUUACCCGAAAUCACAUCAAAGGAAUUCUUGUGAACAUACUGUUGGCCGGGAUAGACACUUCUGCCCAAACCGUGACAUGGGCGAUGACACAUUUGAUCACAAACCCGAGAAUCAUGAAGAGAGUACAAACUGAACUCAGAGAACGCAUCAAGAACAAAGACAGCAUCACCGAAGAAGACAUGGAAAAUCUCGACUACCUGAAAAUGGUGGUCAAAGAAACACUCAGAAUCAACCCGGUAGCGCCCCUUCUGAUUCCAAGAGAGGCAAUGAAAGAUGUGAAGAUCAACGGCUACGACGUUCCGAAGAAAACAAGGAUCCAAGUCAACAUAUGGGCGAUCCAUCGCAAUCCUGAGGUCUGGAAAGAUCCCGAACGUUUUAUCCCCGAGAGGUUUAAGGAUAGUCAAAUGGAUUAUAAAGGCCAGAACUUCGAGCUGCUGCCCUUUGGAAGUGGGAGGAGGGUAUGUCCUGGUAUGGGGAUUGGCAUGGCUUUGGUGCACUUGACACUUAUGAACCUUCUUUAUCGGUUCGACUGGAAGCUUCCGGAAGGAAUGAAGAUCGAAGAGGUCGAUCUAGAAGAAGCGUACGGACUCGUGACGCCUAAGAUGAUACCGCUUCAACUCGUCCCCAUCUCGACGCCAUGGACUUAAAGCCGUUCUCAUUGUUCAGGUUCUAUAUAUAAUGUUUAAACAAGUGGAUAUCAAGUGUGUAUGUGUUCGUAUGGUAAUUCUCGCGUUAGAGAUGUUAUUAUAUAUAAUCAAUAUAGUUUGGUCCGU